CUGUUAACUCAACGUCAAGCAGAUGCUAAUUAAUGGUGUAAUGCCAACCUUUGUCUCACCAGAAGAACUUCUACUCAUCCCACCAACCAAAAAUGAACCUGCCUACCCUUCUUUUCUUCUCCUCAAAUCUCGUCUUCCCCAUUAUUUUAAUUCUCUUCUCUUAUCUCUCUCUCUCGAUCCACUCAGUCUCUCUGGUUGUAAUUUUGAUAAACCCUCAGUUGCAGACUGACUCUCUGUUUGUACCAUAGCUGAGGAAGAUGACACCCAGAGGGCUAAUCUCUGCUUUCUUUCUCCUCCUUGCAUUGUACUGCGCCAUAGACCCAUUUAAUCACAGUGCUAUAUCGGGUUUCCCCGAUUUUGUGUCCUACAAAAUCGACAUGCCUGACUGGUCAAUUGUGCCUAAAGAGAGAGACAGACAGAAUCUGCUUCAGAGAUCAGAAAUCAGGUUUUUGAACCAAGUUCAAGGGCCUGAGAGUGUAGCAUUUGAUCCUCUUGGUCGUGGGCCUUACACUGGUGUUGCUGAUGGAAGGAUUCUUUUCUGGAACGGCGAGAAGUGGACUGAUUUUGCCUGUACUUCCAGUAAUAGGUCAGAACUAUGUGAUCCAAAGCCAUCUCCUUUCGGUUACCUGAAGAAUGAACAUAUCUGUGGCAGGCCUUUGGGACUCCGAUUUGACAAGAAAUCAGGUGACUUAUACAUUGCAGAUGCGUACCUUGGACUGAUGAAGGUAGGGCCUGGAGGUGGGGUAGCAACAUCACUUGUAACAGAGGCAGAAGGUGUGCCACUGAGGUUUACCAAUGAUCUAGACCUCGAUGAUGAAGGAAAUGUCUACUUUACAGAUAGCAGCACAAAAUAUCAGAGGAGGAACUUCCUACAGUUGGUUUUCUCUGGAGAUGACAGUGGGAGAGUACUGAAGUAUGAUCCAAACACAAAGAAAACCACUGUCCUUGUAAGGAAUCUUCAAUUUCCAAAUGGUGUGUCCCUAAGCAAGGAUGGCUCUUUCUUGGUCUUUUGUGAAGGAUCUAUUGGCAGGUUACGAAGGUAUUGGUUGAAAGGUGAGAAAGCUGGAACUUCAGAAGUGUUUGCUAUAUUACAUGGAUUUCCCGACAAUGUCCGAACAAACGAAAAGGGUGAAUUUUGGGUAGCAGUCCACUGUCAUCGCAACCUGUACACUCACUUAUGUGCUCGUUAUCCAAAACUAAGAACAUGGGUGCUUAAGUUACCGAUAUCAGCACAGAUUCAAUUUAUGAUUCACAUCGGAGGCUGGCCUCACGGAAUUGUAGUUAAAUAUAACGAGGAAGGAAAACUGAUGCAGAUCCUCGAGGAUAGGCAAGGGAAGGUCGUGAAAGCGGUUAGCGAAGUAGAAGAGAGGGACGGGAAGCUGUGGAUGGGAAGUGUUCUUAUGCCCUUUGUUGCAGUUUAUAACUUGGCUUGAGAUGAAAAAAGGCUGUGUUUGUCUCUUCAUCAAUUCAUGCUAGAUAUAAAGACUGUAUCUCCAUGUUCAAACAGCUACAGCUUAGCUUUUGUUAAGUUAUGUUAGGUUAUUUUUAGAACAAAUUUUAGAAAAUUUAUGAGGAAUUCAUUGCAAUUCCUUAAGUAAUUUAAUUAGUAGAAAAUAAAUUGUAUUAAGACAUAAUAAAUUUCACUUAGAAUUGAAAUAA